AUGAGCCGUCCCAAGGUCCUCCUCCUCGGCAAGAUUGACCACGCCCACGACGCCUGGUCAACCAUCGCCGACAUCGCCGAGGUCAUCAAGCCCAAGUCCACCAACAGAGCAGACUUCAUCGCAGAGUGCCGCUCCGGCGCCCUCGACGGCAUCAGCGUCGCCUACCGCACCUUUGACUCCGUCUCCGUCACCGGCAAGAUUGACGGCGAGCUGCUCGACGUCCUGCCCAAGACGCUCAAGUUCAUGUGCCACAAUGGCGCCGGCUACGACCAAAUCGACGUCCAAGCCUGCACCGCCCACGGCGUCCACGUCUCCAACACGCCCACCGCCGUCGACGACGCCACCGCCGACGUGACCAUCUGGCUCCUCCUCGGCGCCCUGCGCAACCUCCCCAUCGGCAUCCACGCCCUGCGCGCCGGCAAGUGGCGCGGCAACCCGCCCCCCGCCCUCGGCCACGACCCCCAGGGCAAGAUCCUCGGCAUCCUGGGCAUGGGCGGCAUCGGCCGCAACGUCGCCGCCAAAGCCCGCGCGUUCGGCAUGCGCAUCCGCUACCACAACCGCUCCCGCCUGAGCCCCGAGCUCGAGGACGGCGCGGAGUACGUCGACUUUGAGACGCUGCUCCGGGAGAGCGACGUCCUGAGCUUGAACCUGCCUCUCAACCCCAAAACCCGCCACUCCAUCGCCGCCCCCCAGUUCGCCCUCAUGAAGCCCGGCAUCGUCAUCGUAAACACCGCCCGCGGCGCCGUCAUGGACGAGGCC